CUUCAGAUUAAAAUAGGACCUGUGGACCUCCCGCUCCCAAGUGGCAAAACUACUUCGGAACAAAGAGGCUUUGCCUAAAUCCGAGUGAUGUGGUAGCAACUCUCUCCAUUGCCGAUGGUUCUGUAGUGAUGUAAGCGAACGUAUAGGUAUUCAGCAGGUAUUUGCUCGGAACGCAAUGCGACUUGUCACGCCAGUCAGAUAAGCUGCAGCUACUUAGAUCUACCAUACAGUCGCUGGGUUGGAAACGAAUCAAACCCUUUUUUUCCUUGGUCAUGAUCAGCAAAUCUGAUUAGUUGCCGUGGUGGAGUUGAUAAGGGGCCCAGCCAUACUAGCGACUAAGAGACCAGUGCUUAUUCCAAAUGACGCUUAGAACCCAUUUAUUCUGGCUAAAUCACCUCAAGUGCCGCCAUGCUCGCUCAUAAUUUCUUGCGAAGUCGAAACUUCUGUUCUGAAUCGCCGUUGUUUGACAAGCAGCCGCGAUGGACGAGAAGAAUUAUGAUACCUCGGCUACGCCCUCAGCGGGCGAGGAGGGCGACAGGAGCAUCGCCGACGGGGAGGAAAUGGCUCCGCAGCAGUCCCGCGUCGAGUCAAUUUGGCCGGCCGAAAACAUCUCGCGACCCCGGGAGUACCUAAUGGUGUUUGUCGCCUGUAUGGCUCAAUUCUGUACCCAGGCUUCAUUUACCGGUGCAUUGUAUCAUCUGUCUGUCAUCGGAAGGUCGUUUGGCGUCACAAACCCGGGCCAGCUCGCGUGGCUUGUCGCCGGCUAUUCCUUGACCGUCGGAACCUUCAUCCUGUUCUCCGGCCGGCUCGGAGAUGCGUUCGGAUAUAAGCGCAUGCUACUGAUUGGCCUCACCUGGUUCAGCUUGUGGUCCGUGGUCGUCGGCCUGAGUGUCUACUCCAACUUUGUCUUGAUUGUCUUCGCCCGUGUACUCCAGGGUAUCGGCCCGGCUAUCUGCUUGCCCAAUGCCCUUGCCAUCUUGGGAUCUAUGUACCCUCCGGGACACAGGAAGGCCAUGGUCUUUGCUUGUUUCGGUGCUGUAGCACCGAUUGGGGGCGUCUUGGGAGCUGCUGUCGCAGCGGCGAUAUCACUAGCUUGGUGGCCGUGGAUUUGGUGGGCGUUAAGCAUCUGGCUGGUCGUGCUUAUCGUACUAGGGUACAUCGCCAUACCAGACUUGUCGCGGAAGGUUGACGUAUUUGCCGACGGUUACAGCUUGCGAAAGUUGAAUGAAGAGUUGGACUUACCAGGCGCUGUCACUGGAGUUAUAUCAUUGGUUCUGUUCAACUUCGCUUGGAACCAGGCACCUAUUGUUGGCUGGGCCACGCCAGAGACCAUCGUACCCCUUGUCCUUGGCAUAGCAACCUUUGGGGUGUUCGCUUGGAUUGAGAUCAACGUCGCAACAAAGCCCUUAUUACCGUUUGAUGCCAUUAAUGGUCAAGUCGGAUUUGUUCUCGGAACGGUAGCAUGCGGCUGGGCGACUUUUGGCAUAUGGAUUCUAUAUCUCGUCUUGAUUCUUCAAGAAAUUCGGGGUCUGUCUCCGCUACAGACCGUCGCCUACUCAGCACCGCUUCCAAUUUCCGGUACAAUUGCAGCUAUUGUUACGGGAAAGCUUCUCGGCCCUUUUCAGGUCAGACCCGCCGUAGUCAUGACUCUAGCACUGGCGGCCUUUACCACUGGUAUUAUACUCAUCGCAACAGUACCUCCGAACCAAAUUUACUGGGGACAGAUUUUUGUAUGCACCCUUAUUAUACCUUUCGGCAUGGAUAUGAGUUUUCCAGCAGCUACGUUGAUUCUAUCCAAUGCCGUCAAAAGAGAACACCAAGGAGUUGCCGCUAGUCUUGUCAACACAGUGGUUAACUACUCCAUAUCACUGGGAGUUGGUUUUGCCAACACAAUAGAAAUAUAUGUAAACCAUGGCGAUAAACUAGCUGGAUAUAGAGGCGGUCUAUACUUUGGUGUUGGACUCUCCAGCCUGGGUUUUAUAAUUUGUUUACUGUUCUUGCUGCGAGAGCACUUCACACAGCAGAAGGCACAAUAGUGCCGUGGCUAGUAUCACAGGACCGUAAUCUGAUAGACUAUAAUAGAGUAAUCUUGCAUAAACGAUAGAUUAAUAUAGACAGCUCGAUCUCCUGGAUGAGGGCCUAACGUUGAGCUAGAA